UGCAACAUGAGAGUGUUCGUCCUCCUAGCCCUCUUUACCGUCGGGGCUCAGUCCUUUGACAAUGUAAUUUGCUACUUCGGUUCCUGGUCCGUGUGGCGACCUGGCGAUGGCAAGUUCGACGUUGAGGACAUCGACCCCUUCCUCUGCACGCACGUCAUCUUCGGCUUCGCGGGCCUGAGCAACCACACCUGGGAAAUUGAGGUCUUGGAUCCUUGGAAUGAACUGUGCCCCGACGAGUCAGACAUUGGGAACAACUGUGCCUUCAAUAGGUUUACAGACCUUAAGAAGAUAAAUCCUGCUCUGAAGACCAUCCUCGCCGUUGGAGGCUGGAAUGAGGGGUCGGAGGAUUAUUCUGUCAUGGCGAUGGACCCUGAAAAGAGGAAGACCUUCAUAGAGAGUUCGAUAGAGCUCGUGAGGAAACACAACUUCGACGGUCUUGAUGUGGACUGGGAGUAUCCAGCCGCUCGAGGGGGCGUGCCAGAGGACAAGGAAAAUUUUGUGACCUUGUUGAAGGAAUUCCGAGCUCGUUUUGAUACAUUCAGCCCCCCGCUGCUGCUGUCCGGCGCUUUGUCCCCCGGUAAACCCACCAUUGACGAUGGCUACGAUGUGCCUGGCAUAGCGGAAAACCUCGAUAUGGUGCACGUGAUGGGCUACGACUACCACGGCACUUGGGAGAACUUCACGCACCACAAUGCUCCCAUCUGCAGCCAUUACCUUGAUGAAGGCGUCUUGCAAUACUUCAAUGUCGAGUUCACCGUAGAGUACUACCUGUCCCUAGGACUACCCAAAGAUAAGAUGGUGUUGGGGAUCCCUGUGUACGGCCGAUGCUUUACGCUGGACGACAUUGAGGAAAAUGGAUUCUAUGCUCCUGCACACAAACCAGGGCCUGCUGGGCCCUACAUACGUAUUCCUGGAACUCUGGGUGCUAACGAGAUCUGUGAACGACUCCGGGACGACAAAACAUGCAAGAUCGUGCAUGACCCAUCGAUGCAUGAGCCUUAUUUCUACUGUACCAGCGACAAGAUUUGGUGUGGCUUUGAUGACGCAGAUUCUGUAUACCUUAAGGCCCGCUACGCAAGGAACAUGGGCCUGGCUGGUGUCAUGGCUUGGACGAUCGACACGGAUGAUUUUAAACCUAGCUGCUACGACGAGAAAUUCCAUAUCAUCCAUAAUAUGAAGCGCGCAAUUGCUGAAGAACCUGGUAACGAUACUGUGGUCUGUGUUGACUACUUUAGGAGCACCACAGAAGAACCUACAACCACAACACCCGAACCCACAACCACAACACCCGAGCCCACAACCACAACACCCGAACCCACAACCACAACACCCGAGCCCAUAACCACAACACCCCAGCCCAUAAUCACAACACCUGAGCCCAUAACCACAACAUCCGAACCUACACCUCUAAGCACAGCUGUCCCCACAAUCACAACACUCCGGCCCGUCUCUACAACCCGGAACCCGGCACUGAGACCCGAUUGCACGAACCACGCGGACGGCACGACUUUCAUACAUGAGGAUUGCAAUAAGUAUUGGGUGUGCAUCAAUGGUUAUGGUGUCCUGGAGAUGUGUGCUCCAGGAACUCUCUUCGACCCUAGCCUGAGCUCUUGCAACUGGGAAGACGCAGUCGAUACGUCCUCUUGCAACCUGUGGAUCUGCGAGGUUGAUAACACGUACUACCCACAUGCAGACUGCGACAAGUAUUACUGGUGCUACAAUGGAGAGCCUCACGUGGAAGUGUGUCCAAACGGUCUCUUCUGGAACCAGUUAAUUCUGCAGUGUGAUAAUCCCGUUCAUGUGGAUACUUCUUCGUGUAAUAUUCCCUAAGCUGUUUGGUUUGUUUUUGUUUUUUUAUUAUUUUUUUUCCUUUUUUUUUAAUAAAGUCUUAUGUGACACCAGAAGCUAGGAAACGGAGGCGUUUCCUCGCAGUCUCUCAGUUUUGUAUUUUGUUCACCUUUCUAAAACGGAUUAAAAUAUUUUGUUGUUCGAAGUUAUGCUUUAGUUUUGAGUUUUUUUCUUAUUUGCCUUCGUUUUCGUUUCCUGUUUGUUUAUGUUUCCAAUCCUGCUAUACACUGUCAACAGAUGCCUGUGCAUUUCUGUGGCAGUUUUAUACCUAAAUUCAAUAAAAGGAUAAUACACA